CGGGAAAUUACAGAGAACAGAAAGGGAAGUUGCACAAAGAAGUUCUCCUCGUCAACGCUCUCCUGAAAGAAAAUGAGUGUCAGUGGAAAGCUAAAACACAGCCACCCGAAGUCAAAUGAGAAUAUUAAGAGCUUUUUCACACCGUCUCAGAAAGCUAUGGGACCCCUGAGGCAAACCCUGCAGGUGCUCCAGUCCUCAGCUGUCAACAAAGAUUUGGGAAGGUCAGCUCAGGUGGGAAAGGUCAUCCCCAAACGGAAACAGUGGGGUGCAGAACAAGCUAGAGGUCCAAAGAGGGUGAAGGUAGAGGUCAAAUCUACACAAACUGAAGCAUCUCAGUGUUUGACAGAUGGCAUGUCUAAAGAAGCAUAUGAGCUGAUGGUCGUAGAAACGCCUCCUUCAACUUACUGGAAAGAAGUCGCAGAGGAGCGUCGGAAGGCCUUGUACAAUGUUCUACAGGAGAACGAGAAGUUACACAAAGACAUUGAGGCUAAAGAUGAACAGAUAACACAGCUCAAGUGUGAAAAUGAAGAGCUGCAGGAGCUGGCACAACACGUGCAGUACAUGGCUGAUAUGAUUGAGAGGCUGACUGGGAAGAGCCCAGACAACCUGGAAGAACUGAGGGAGAUUGCUCUUGAUGUGGACGAGGAAGAUGAGCAUGAUGAUGCUGAAGUGGCAGGUCAGAGUGAGGAUGACGACUCUGAUUGCAGUCAGAGUGAUUCAGAGGAAGAUGAGACCUCAGACCACGAACACGCUGGACCCUCAGGAGAGUAGGAUUGACUGACACCAUUCUUGUAUGUUAUGGACUCAGACUUGAGCUGAAAGUGUGCUUUGGAAGCAACAAGUGGCCAGCCGUUUGACUGAAUUGGCUUUUCAAAGUAAUUGUUUAUGUACUUUAAAGUGCAACAGUUUUGAAAGCGCACAUUUUAUAUUCAACCCUUGAAGAGACGGGGCUGGUUUUUAUUAACUUUUGCUGAACUUUUUAGUUCAU